AUGACUGAGAUGAAGGUGCUGCUGGAGUGUUCAGAGCUGUGCAGAAAUCCACUUGAAGACGGAGAUGGACAGAUUUUUCCCCCUGAACACUUCAAGGAGAAAUACGCCGUAGACGAGGUUCAUUUCACCCCUGACAUCGCUGAUGUUCUGGCUAAGAUGAAGCCAAGUGUGCUACUCACAUUGCGAGGGCUGAACACUGAUAGCGGCAGCACCUGUCGUGAAGCCUCCUUUGAAGGCAUCAGUCGGUUUGAGGUGAAUAACUCGCUGCUGCACCCUGUGAUUGUGGAAUGUCGUCUGCAAAAGACCGACAUGGAGCUGGAAGUUCUGCGCUACACAAACCGCAUUUCCAGCGAAGCCCAUAAAGAGGUCAUGAGACGUGUGAAGCCGGGCCUGAAGGAGUAUGAGAUGGAGAGUCUGUUCCAGCAUUACUGUUACUCUCGCGGAGGGAUGCGGCACACCUCGUACACCUGCAUCUGCGGAAGUGGGAAUAACUCCUCCAUCCUGCAUUACGGACACGCCGGAGCUCCCAAUGACAAAACCAUCCAGGACGGAGACAUGUGUCUGUUUGACAUGGGUGGUGAAUAUUACUGCUACUCCUCAGACAUCACCUGCUCUUUCCCAGCCAAUGGCAAGUUCACCGCCGACCAGAGAGCCAUUUAUGAAGCCGUGCUGAAGUCCUCCAGAGCUGUAAUGGCCGCCAUCAAGCCAGGGGUGAAGUGGACAGACAUGCACCGUCUGGCUGACCGGGUCCACCUGGAGGAGCUGCUGAAGAUAGGGAUCCUGCAUGGAGACGUGGAGGAGAUGCUGAAGGUUCAUCUGGGCUCAGUGUUCAUGCCGCACGGACUUGGACAUCUGCUGGGCAUCGACGUCCACGAUGUGGGAGGAUAUCCAGAGGGAGUGGAGCGUGUGGAUGAGCCGGGUCUGAAGAGUCUCCGCAUGGGUCGUGUGGUGCAGGAGAGGAUGGUCCUGACGGUGGAGCCAGGAAUCUACUUCAUCAAUCACCUGCUGGAUAAAGCGCUCGCAUCUCCUGCUCAGUGCGGCUUCAUCAACACUGCAGUGCUGACACGCUUCCGAGGCUUCGGCGGGGUGCGCAUUGAGGAUGAUAUCGCGGUGACUGCUGACGGUGUGGAGCUGCUGACCUGCGUUCCUCGAACCGUGGAGGAAAUCGAGGCCUUCAUGGCGGAGGAAACGUCCAAACCCUUCAGUCCAAUCAGCAGCCAGAAACUCUGAAGAGUACUGUCCAAUCAGCAGCCAGAAACUCUGAAGAGUACUGUCCAAUCAGCAGCCAGAAACUCUGAAGAUCUCCAUUAUCAUCACACACACAUUUCUGGAGCAUUAUAUCAGACUAAAAACAACUGUCUCUAAUUAUUUCUCACUAUAAAGGGAAAAUCUAGUCACAUGAUGGCUGCUUCUCUAAUGGAAAUCAGUAUUACUAAUCAAUUAUAUGCUUUCAUAAACUGCAGCAGACAUUUAACAAAAAAGUUUAAUGCUAAAGAAAAAAAACAAGAAAACAGCUCACUAGUUUAGCCUGAUUUUGUAAUAUUUAGCAUUUAUUCUGUAUCCUUUUUGCAGGUUUGUAAGACAAUGCUAUGCUUAUUUUUAAUAAACAUCAGAUUUUCUAGCAUCA